CAACAACAAUCGAGAAAGCAGAACCAAGCAGGCCCCCUAUAAUAAUGAGUGACGAGUUUCAUAUGACCGGGUUGUCAAUGAAAACGAGUGGCGACUUUAAAAAAGAACUCGAGAAACAAGCUUCCGAAAUGUUCAAGACUUUAGCCAAAGAUGUCAUCAAGUUUUUAGUGGAUGAAAGUCAUAAUGGGGGCUUGAACAAAAGUGGGGAACUUCGUAACUGCUCAGUGACAAAAUUUAGGAAUGGGAGCAUAAUAGCAGAAUUUGAUCUUAUAUACGACGUACAGAAGGCUUUGCUCGACAAGUCAGAUGGCGUUCAAGGUCUUAAAAAACGUGUUCGAGAAACGAUGCUAGUAAUGGGAAAUAAAAAGAUAAAAACUGAUGCCUUCGGCCCCCCUCAGAAAGAACUCAGCGUUGAUGAGACGUAUAUUAAACAGACGACACUCCAACAGAUCGAAAAUGUCACAGUGUGUAACAACCCUGGAAACACCUUCCAAUGUGAAUAUGGACACAGGUGCCUUGACCAAAGGGAAUCGAAUUCAGAACGUGGUGUUCCUGUUUGUUACAGUUUGUGUAGCAAUACACCCUAUGGCAUAUGGGGAGGUUGUAGUGACGGAACAUGCUCUUUAGGCGCCCUUGGAAACACUACUGUUUGCAAAUGCAAUGAUGGUUACUACCUACAAAGAGGGGAAUGCAAAUCAUACGUCCAAAUAGUUGCCAUCGUUGGUGGAAGUUUAGGUGGAGCAGUGCUGAUAUUAAUCAUCAUUCUGAUUGUGUGCGCUGCUAACAAAAGGUCUCCCCCUGUGCCAAAAACAAUACCACCAGAGUUGUAUGAUAUCGAUGAUGGCCCUAAACUGAAGCCAAGCAUCAAAGCUCCGGGCCAACCCUUGUCUGAAUCUCCUCAGCGAGAACAGUCAGAUCCUCAAAUAAGAGAAGGACCAAACGAAUACUCUGAUGAACCUAAACCUAGAGAUGAUCGCUAUAAAGAUGAACGCUACAGGGACGAACGCAACCAAAAUGGACGCAACAGAGACGAACGCAACCAAGAUAAACGCUUUAGGGACGAUCGCAAUCGAGAUGAACGCUACAGGGAGGAUUCUCGGGACCAAGGUCCAUCGCGUUCGAACGAUCCUACAGUUUGGCCAGUGUUUUCCUAUCAGCAAGACGAAAGUAACCUCGAGAAAAGGAUCGUCUCUGACCGGGACCGAAUGCCACCCAGACGUACAGAAAGUUGGCUAAAACAAGGAGAGCAACCAGUUAGGCCGCUCUCUCCAGAAGAAGAAGCAAGGUUUGAUCUUGCUUCCUCCAAGCCAAAUAGGUCAUUUUACGAUGACUACAAAUCUCCAAACCAGAGAGACGAUCCAAGCAGAAGGCCCUAUGAACGUGAACGAGAUGGACGGGACUUGUACGACAAUAGACACCCAUAUGAGAGAGAGGUGUCGAGGGGCUAUGACAACAAGGGUUACUCUAAUGACGAAUAUAUCAAAGAUAGCAGAGCAGACGGACAAGGCGACAUUUUCCCGCGUCUUGAUGGUAUCGACACAAAUAAGGAUUAUUCUAUCAAGAGACCAACGUUCAGUUUGUCUGCUGGAAGACUGUGAAGCAGAGCAAUCGGGAUAUGGCAUUCCACGAACAAUAACACUGAUCAGCCAUACAAAACAUCUAAGAACUAACCGAGCUGUGAUGUUAUAUAAACAUAAUUAAGCUUAUCUUAAAAACAAACAAAAUUAAAGAAACUCCAACAGAGAAAAUAACUUGGGAGUAUAAGAAACUUAAUAAAACAUGAUUUGAGCUGAUAGAUUCAUAGUUUGCAUAACUUGAGUUUUUACUAGGGAAACAUUCAGAAACGACCAGCCUUUGUUCGAUUCAGAUACCUCAGUGCUGCAAUAAAUGUCGUUUUGAUUUUUGACACUAAGUCAUUACAAGACACAGAAGUACAUGCUGAUAUAUUUAGUGUUUAAGUCCAGUGAGGAAAGCUCAGGCCUCAGUUUUUAAUAAGAAAGCUGAGUAUACUGACUAGGGGUAUGUGAUUGGCCUUGAGACAUCACGUAAUUCACACAAUGGACUCCAUAUGUCUUGAAAUUAUGAAGUAAUAUGUGGCGUAACUUUCAACAAACUGUUUCCCUAGUGACUGCUAUAAAUGGAUGAGAUGUUUUUAGAAUAAAACAAUGUCAUCUAAAAAAAAUCACAACAAAUGAGCUCAAAAGAUAUGAUCAAAGUUUAUGGUUGGCAAAAUCAUCAAAACUGUCGUUAAUUUCCCAAUUUUGGAAUUAACGAACAAAAUUAAGACUUGGGUAUCUGCUAUCAAAUGAAAACUUCCAAAUUCCAAAGGAUACGUCAUAAUAAGUAUUCCAAAGUGCCCCUGGAGCUUUCAUAGCCAUUAUGACAUAUACGAUGCCAAUCCAGUGCACAUUUUAAAUCAACUUUCUUGCGUGCAAAUCAUCAUUUAUAAAUCAAAAAUGUGAAAAUAUAAUAAAGACCAUUUUAAGAACAAUUUCGACCUUGACCUUAAAGAUAUCCUUUAAGAAGAGAUCAAACUUUCUAAACUUGUAUUCACGAAUGCAACUUUUGUCUGUCGAUGGUCAACUCAUUUAAAUAUGAAUGGAAUAGUGGCAAGUACUACUUAAAAGAGUUGCCCAUUAAAUAGUAGGUUGAUC